GUCAGUUUGUCAUAGAAUCAUAAAAAUGGCUGCGCUCAGAGUAUUCAGUCGUAAUUUACCUUAUUUACGACAGCAAUUUUCUGCUUUAUUAGGAAACACAUCACCCUCAGUGAAAUUCAUAUGUGUCGUUGUAAUUAUUGGAUACAUAUUGUCGUUUUCUGAUGAGGUUGUGGAUGUUUUAAGUGUAACACCAGGGUAUUUGCUGCCACCUUCUUUUCAACUGUGGUCUACUUUUACGUUUUGGUUCCUAGAAAUCCACUUGUGGGAAGUGGUAAUUGAUAUUGUUACUGUAGGGUUGUGUGGGAAGCUUAUUGAACCACUAUGGGGCCAAAUGGAGAUGAUGAAGUUCUUUUUUCUGACCAACAUUGGCGUUGCUUUCCUGACAACUUUCUACUAUUUAGUGAUGUUUGCAUGCACAGGCCAAGCUUCUUACCUAUUCGGAAUUCAUGUCCAUGGCUUGGCAGGAUAUCUGGCGGCUGUUAGCGUGGCCGUGAAGCAAAUAAUGCCAGAUCACCUACUGAUAAAAACACCACUAGGAAAACUAACAAACCGGUCAUUGCCACUUUUGCUCCUAAUCGUGGCCAUCAUCCUUUGGGCGGUGGGGGCGCUGGAAGGCACAUACCCUUGCAUGUGGGGUAGCGGGACGAUCCUCUCAUGGAUAUACUUACGGUUCUGGCAACAGCACAGCAGUGGCACGCGGGGAGACAUGGCCGACAACUUCAGCUUUGACAACUUCUUCCCGACAGUCCUCCAGCCAGUGGUCCGCGGUAUCCUAGGUCCUCCGCACCGCUGCCUGGUCCGCAUGGGGCUGUGUUCCCCGAGCGCGCGCCGCGUACACCUGGCGCUGAGUCCGCGCGGCGUUACAAUAUCUAUGCCGGGAGUAGAGCCUCAGGACAUGGAGAGGCGUAGACAAAUCGCGCUGAAGGCCUUAAGCGAGAGAUUAUCAAAGACAUCCGAACAGACUCGUCAAAAGAACCUAUCGACCAAAGUUAACAUGGACGCCGUGAGGAAGAUGCAAUCUUCACAUGUAAUACCUCAGUUUCCUUCUGAAGUCCCUGAGACUAGCCAGUCUUCAGGCCCUGCCGAAGCCACUCUUGUUGAUAUUGGAACAGAAACAACAACACCAACCACAAAACAGUCAUGAUUGUUAAAGUCAUACACGUAAAUAUAAGGCUGUUCAGUCAAUGUAGAUUCCUACAUUAGUGGAGCAUGAAUAAUGUGAAUCUUGGAUGUGUGGGGUUGAAUUGGCCGUCAAUUGUUACAGUUCUAUGACAAUUGUAAAUUUAUGUGAAAGUUUGGAUGAAAAAAAUUGUAACAGUGGAGAAAUUUGGGAAAGUAACUCUUAUCCACAGAUCAAGUAAUGAGAAAAGUUGAUUCAGAAUGAGAAAGAUAAUAUUAGAAAACCUAGAAUUAAAAUUUCUAAAAUGUCCUUUCGCUUUGGAUAAUGUACCCUGCCAAAUCUGAAAUAGGCAAUGAAUGUGAGAGAGACAGGUUGAAAUGACAAAAUGUUUUUGAGCUUAAAAUAUGAAAGCAAAGUUUGAAAUUAAAAAGUUAAAUUUUAGUUUUGGGGCUCAAAAAAAUUCAGUUGCAUUUUUGGAUUGAGUAUGAUAGAGUUUAUAUGAGGUUCUUGGGGCUGUGAUGAUUUGAUCUGUGGAAGUUUGUAGUUGAGGUUCAGAGUUUUGCUUUUAUUUUCUACAACAUAACUUGUAUAAUGUAUUUUCUAACAACCUUUAGUAUGUAUGUUUUGAGACGAAAAAGGCCCAUUGAAACUUUGUAUUAUUUUAUAAUUUAUUUUGUAUUUAGUUUUUACAACUGAUUAUCUGCACUGGAACUGUUAAGUAAUACAGAUAAUAUACGUUUUCAUUAUAAAUAUUCAGUGAAUAUGUUUUUUUUAUAUGGAUAUAGUCAUGUGUUUGUAUGGGAUACAAAAGGGAGAUAUUUUUUGCAGAUUUUAAUGCAUUUGUUGAUGGUGGAGCAGCGUUGAUGAAUGAUGUGAAAUAUUGUAAAUAUUAUUGAUUAGUGUUAAUAAAGAAAUACCCAAUCACUUA